CCACGCAGCCCGGACGAUUUGACGUUGGGACAUGCGGCCUAGUCUUCCUGCGCGGCCUCGCGGCUCCACGCGCCACAGGCUCCCGCCUCCGAACAGAGCGCCUCUGAUGUAAAACAGUUUAACACAAACUAUUUAACCCUCCGUUCGCUCUUCACUUGCAAGUUGAAUUCUCACCUCGAGCGUUUUAAACUCUGAGCGCUGAGCGAGGCAACGGCACUCGAGGCGGCCGGGAGGCUCCAGGGACCGCGGUGAACUUAAUACCCACCCACCACCUCCCUCCCCCGUUGUAAAUGAUAAACUAUAACACUUUAUAAGUGUGAUAACACUUUAUAAGUGUUAUAGUUUAGACGGCGAAGUGAGAUGUGGCGCCGCGAAGUGAUCGGAUAACGGGGACGGCGUCGCUCGAUUCGAGGGAAUUGGAGUCCACUCGUCUUCCAGGCGAAUUGCGUGGCUCUGCCCGUUCUGCUAACGCCACCAUCGCCUCUCCUCGUCCACCUCGUUCGCAGUCUCCUCAUCCCUCCCCUGCCUCCACGCUCCCAAUUUCCUCCACGCUCCCCAUCUCCUCCACGCUCCCAAUCUCCUCCACGCUCCCAAUCUCCUCCAAGCUCCCAAUCUCCUCCACGCUCCCCAUCUCCUCCACGCUCCCCAUCUCCUCCACGCUCCCCAUCUCGUCUCGACCUUCACCGCAUCUCUCCUUUCCGCCCUCCUUGCCCUCGCAUAUCCUCCAUCUCUAAGCCCCCUCUGCUUUCUCCUCCACCUCAAUCUUUCAUCCAAUUAUCCUGCAUCUCCACUGCCUCGCGGUUUACUCUCCUUCCUCUUCUGCCGACCUCUUCCUCCAGCUCCUCUAUAUCCUCCUCUUACCCCCACCAUUCUCACCUCCUCCCUACCGCUACCAUUUUCACCACCUCCUCUUUCUCCGCCUCCUCCCCUCCACUGACACCAUGACGGUUCGUCCGUGCCCCGACCACUGCGUCUCCAUCAUGACGACGCUGAGCGCCCAGCGCCUCUCGGGCUCCUCGCUCUGCGACCUGGCGCUCAUCGUCCACGUUCCUCCUGCUCCUCCCGCUGCUGCAGCAUCGUCGGGAUGCGGCACAACCAGGCGGAGGAGGGGCGCGGGGAGGGAGCUCGGCCGAGGGAGAGCAUCGGGAGCAGGGGGAGCGGACGGAGCUGGCGGGGGAGGAGAGGGAACGGGAGGCGGUGCCGGGGAGCUCGUGGUUGUGAUGCCGUGCCACCGCGCCGUGCUGGCCGCGUGCAGCCCUCUCUUUCGAGACGCGGUCGUCGAGACGCACGGGGACGUGGAGGACGGCGGCGGCGGCGGCGGCGAUGCUAACGACGUGGGGGCAGACCGGUGGGAACGCGCGUGGGAGGACGGGGAGAUGGUCGGGAACGAGGAGACCUCGGCUGGUAGCAAUGGCCACGCAGGGAGCGAAGGAAGUGGCGUUGAUGUGGCCUUGAGGACAGAGGAGGAGGAGGAGGAGGCCGAUGCGAGAGACCAGACGUCGACUGAGAAGGACGGCCUUGGCGCGGCCAUCAGAAACGACGGCGGCGGCGCAGCCGCGACGGAAGGGGCGACAGCUCUGGAGGGAGGGGAGACGAUGACAACGGAUGCGCAAACGAAUGUAAAGGAAGGAGGAGAGGAGGUUACGUGGAAAGAGGGAGAUGCCGCUCUAAAGGAAGAGCAGGCGGUCCUGAGGAUUGUGGAGAUAGUGAUUGGAGAGACAGCUUUAAGUUGCUAUCAGGCGGCUGAGGAGCACAGCAGCGAAGUGACUGAGAGAAGUGACCCGGAGACGGCUGUGGCAGAGGAGCAGGAACCUGUAAAGGAUGCGGAGAUGGCCACGAAGAUUGAGACGCCGACGAUUCAUCCCAGCUCGCUGGGCCAGUGGAUUCCUCGCCUCCGACCAGCUGUGCCCGGGCGCUGGCUGUGCGAGCUGCCCCCCAUGCUGGGCCCUCUGGCCGUGUCCCGGCUCCUGGACUUUGCCUACCGGGGUCGGCUCGACGCGCACGCUGCCCGCGACCGCUUGACCUUGCACGCCGCGCAGGUGCUCCGCAUGACCGGAGCCAUCGCCGCCUUCAUGGAGCCCGUGAACGUUGGGGCCGACAGAGGUGGGGCUACCCCUGGCGAAUUCAACGACACCACCAACGAUGACGACGACGAUGACGACGGUAACGGCACGAGGAGUAGCUCGGCUCCGGCUCGAGCGCGCGGAGUUCCGGCACCUCGGCACGGGCGUCCGCAGAAACGUCCGAGGACUAUCCCGGUGCCCUACAAGGACUCCUCGGCUGCUGAGGACCCAUGGCCGGCCAAUGAUGUGCCUGCGCCGGCAGAAUCGAAGGAGGACCCCCCCCCGGCCAGGACCCUACAGGCGUCCAGGAGAGUGCCCGUGCUUGCAGAGCCCAAAGAGGAUCGAGCGAAGCUCCAAAGGGUGUCCAGGAAAGGACCAGCGACGGCAAAGCCCACGGACGACUCGCCAGACACCCCACAGGUGGCCAGGAAAGUUCCCAUGCCGGUGGAAUCGGCAGAGGACCUACGCAAGACCCCAAGGGCGUCCAGGAAAGUGUCCGUGUUGGCCGAACCAAAGGAGGACUGCCCGGCCAAGGUGGCACCACCUGCAGCCAAGCAAGUGCCGGGAUCCGAGGACCGAAAGGAAGAAUCGCCGCUGCCUGCUGAGACCCCACGGCCAGCCAGGAAGGUGCCCGCGCCCGUGGAUGAACUUGAGGUGCCCCCUGCUAUGACCGCACGGACGGCCUGGAAAGUUUCAGUUUCCGGGGAAUCGCAGGAGGUCCCGCGGGCGUCCGAGGAAAUUUCCGGCGAAGCCCAGUUGGUGAAGCGUGUGUGCCACGAUGAGAUUUCGCUUGCUCUGCCUGGACCCACAGCUCCAAAUGUCUCCUUGCAGAAUCCUCAAGAUCUGAGCGAUGAAAACGAUGGCGCCACGAUGAACGUUGCUGUGGCUACGCCGGACGCGGACGGGGCAGCCGCCUUUGCGUUCGCCAACGGGUGCGGGGCCGCGGUCGACACGGACGCGGCCCUGGCGGCUUUCUCGGCGGCUUCGGCGGCGGCGGAAGCGCACGCGGCUGCGGCGGACGCGGGAUGCAGGAAGAGGACGACUUCGCGGAAGAAGGCGGUGGAAUCGGCGGCUGCCGAGGGUAGCAAGCGGUCAAGCGGCGGGCAGAGGCCCAGACGCCCCAGAGCCAGGACCCCUGGCGGCGAGGAGCCACGGCAGGCGGAGGGGGAGAGCCACCAGGGGGAACACGAGAAGCGGCCAAAGUCGGACCCCGGCGGCGUGGAAGAGACCGCGUGGCCUCCCGUGGCCUCCUCGCCCCCCGGCAAGGCCGAACAGAAACGGCAUCAGUGCACCGAGUGCAGCAAGAGCUACGCGAGCCAGAGGCAGCUGGAGAUGCACACGUCGUUGAAGCACCGGAACGAGGGGCUGUGCAUGUGCGACAUGUGCGGCGUGACGCUGGGGACCCGGCAGGGGCUCCACAUGCACAUCAAGACCCAGCACAAGGAUGAGCGCACGUUUGUGUGCGAGUUCUGCGGUCAGCGCUACGGGCAGCGCACGGGGCUCAUGAUUCACCGGCGCAAGCACACGGGGGAGCGCCCCUUCUCCUGCUCCAUCUGUGGCAAGGACUUCAUGUCACGUGGAACGAUGGCCAAGCAUGAACGCACGCACACGGGCGAGCGCCCGGUCCCGUGUGAGCGCUGCGGCCGAGGCUUCGCUGACCGCGGCUCGCUCGUGCGUCACAUGCAGAGCGUCCACUCGGAUGGGCCGCUGCUCUCCUGCACACUCUGCUUCAAGCCCUUCAAGUCGAGCGACCAGCUGCGUGCUCACCUCCGCCGGCACACGGGGCAGCGCAAGUUCAACUGCUCUCUGUGCGAAUACAAGUUCACUCGUCAGGCCCACCUGCGGCGGCACAUGGAGGUCCACGGCCGUGUCACCGACUACUGCCCGCAGAUGCGGCGGCUGCGCACCACCGCUGCCGGUGACCAGGAGAACGCCGCCACCGCCGACUCCUCGCAGCAGCAGCAGCAGCAGCAGUUGCAGCUCCAGCUGCAGCAGCAUCUCCCACCGGGCACGGCGCUCACCGUCCCCGUCGCCGGGCAGCCCUCGCUGCUGACCUACACCAUCACUCCGUCGACGUUGAGCGCCAGCCACAGCCUGGCGCUCGCCGUGGACCUGCUCAACGACGUGAGCGGCGAGGGUGGCGAGGUGGCCGUGGAGGAGGUGGAGGAGAUGGGCCAGGAGCAGCACGAGCAUGAGCAGCAGCUGCUUCAGCUGCAGCAGCAGUUUCAGCAGCACCAGCAGCAGCAGCAGCAGGAGGACGAGGAGCAGCAGGUGGCGGACGUGGCGACGGUGGCCGGUGGGGACGACCCGGGGGUGGCGCUGCUGCUGAAGCUGGCCGAGCAGAACCCAGGGGACGUGUUCGUGCUGAUGCAGUCGUGAGUGGCGGUGACCGUCAUCGGCGUCGUCAACGCCAGCAGCCACUUGAUCGGUGGCAGUGAGUGACGUGUCGGCGUUGAGGGAGCGUGCUUUGGAUAAAAGCACUCUCGCUAGAAACUGAAACACUGGCGGGGGUGGGGAGGGCCCUCUGUGGCUCGUCAGAUUGACCCGGAGCAAUUUCUCACUGGACUCCUACCCCCCCCUCCCAUCCCCCCGAUAUGACGAUGUGCUCCUGACGAGUAUGUUGGGGGUAACCGCAAUCGCUUGAUCUCACCACCCUGCUGGGAGAAGGUGCUUCCCCACCAGAGGGCGUUCUAGGGACACGAGCGAUAUGUUAACAAAUGAGAGGGGAGUGGGGGGAGCGAUGGGCCCCCCAUUCGGUCCAUCCGGCUGCUUUGUCGGUAGCAGGUGGGUUUGGGGAACCUCACCGGGGCCAGUGCUUGAAGAGUCUCGGUGAAUUCGCUUCCACGACGCGCUUAUUGCGGGCCUGUCCCGGACUGCCCCACCACUAUUAUAGAGGGUGUAUUGGGCCUCCUCUUCCACACUCGCCAGACUCCUUGGAAUAGGUAGAAGUACCCACACACCGCGACACGGGCCCAUGCGUUUGGCAAGCUGCUGGGUGAACAGGCAGUGGGGGUUGGGUGGGAUUCAAGAAUCUUGGCAAUUGUUUCGACUGCGGCCCCGGGGAGAUCUUCAUCACCAUUAUUUACAUCAUCAUCACCACCAUAAAUGACUGUCACCAGCACCGCCACCAUCGUCAUCAGUUUAAUCCAUGUCACUAUCAUUGCCGCCCGUAAAAAUGUUUUCACGAUCGUCAUCCUGAUCAUAAUCAUCGUCGUGUCAACAUUGUCACCGCCAUUGUCCACAUCAUUGUCAUCUUUGCGCAUGGGGGGGGAGGGGGGGGAGGUCUGACCUGCCCGGAUGUCACGUGCUGACUUCCUGGGUCCUGUCCGAUGAUACUGGACGUGGUUUCAACGUCAUUUGUUUGGCCUUCGGGUGGUGGAGGGACUUGGCGACACAACGUUUAGCCAGAUCCUUUAUGCGGCCCGAACCCCCAAAAAUGCUAAUGUGAACAAUAUAUUUUGUCUAGCAUUUAAAGGUUUUAUUCGUUACCGGUUCCGUUAAUAUUUAUUGCUAUUUUCAAUUGUACUCGGCAAAUGUUGUCACGAGAUCGGAAGCGCUAUCCAUUGGAGACUCUCGUGGUUCAAGUUUCUCAAGUAAAUGUUUCUCAAGUAAACGUUUCUUGAACUGGGUUGAGAUCUGAGGAGGCCAGGAUGAGUCUCAUUCGCACGACGAUUUGCUGAUGCGCGCACCAUCCCAAUUGAGUAAUUUUCGAGCCAUUUUCGAAUUCGUUUCAAUUUGUCCUCUGCCACAGGCACCCAAGCGGCCCCCACCCCCUCCUCUCGCGUCAACCGUGAGGCGGCACGCCGCCCAGUGUCUUUGUUCUUGGCGUCUUCCUUUCCUUCGACGGCGCGGGAGUGUCCUUACGGUUAAUGCACAACCGUAGUAGUAACCGGGGGCGACCGCUGGAUUCGAGCCCCCUCCGCGGGCCUCUGCAACAAGCGACAAAUGCACAACCCCCGUGGCCGCGCGCGCACGCGUGCCGCUUUACCAUCAGAGAUGUCGCAGCAAGGAAGCUGGACAUCUAAUGCUAGAGAAUGGCCUGUCUCACGUGGGAUGGUAUUUAUUUUGUUUUUUUGUU